GCAGCCGGAGUUUCACGCUGAAAGGUCAGUAGCAGCGCCUCUGAAUGAAAGCUGUAUGGUGCAGUCAGAGAAAACCUACCUGUUAAAUGUCUCUCCUAUAGUUUUAUAUGUUUCUGUGUUUAGUACAGAACAGUCAUGAGUAAUCUGAUGCCCGGGUUUUGUCUCUGUCACGGUGUGUUUCUGAGAGGAGCAGCUCGGUUUAUUAUUCCUCUCAGACACAUCAGUCACCUUCCCCUCACCUCGGGACAGAAAGUUCAUUCUGCGGGACACGUGAGGGACAGGAGACACAUCUCCAGCAGACCUGGAGGGGCCAUGAACGUGUUCGACAGGAAUAUGAAGAGAAAGCAGAAGAAAUGGGCGGCGAGUUUACAGGACAGCGAGAAAUAUGACUACCUGAGAGACGAGGUUGGGAGCAGAGUAGCAGACAGAAUUUAUGACAUUGCCAGGACUUUUCCAUUAGCAUUAGACGUGGGCUGUGGAAAAAGCCAUAUUGCCGAACAUCUCAGCAAGGACGUUGUAGAGCGCCUUUUCCUUACAGACAUCUCGGAUGCUUCAUUGAGGCAGAAGAGGCCGAGUGAGAUGACCACACACUGUGUGAUGGCCGACGAGGAGUUCCUGCCGUUUCAGGAGAACACGUUUGAUCUGGUGGCCAGCAGUCUGAGUUUACACUGGAUCAAUGAUCUUCCAGGAGCUUUGCGUCAGAUCCAUCACGUGCUGAAGCCAGAUGGUGUGUUUGUAGGCGCAAUGGUCGGAGGCGAGACUCUGUACGAGUUGCGCUGUUCCCUGCAGCUGGCAGAGCUGGAGAGGGAGGGAGGGUUUGCGCCCCACAUUUCCCCUUACACCGCUGUCACCGACCUGGGCAACCUGCUGGGCCAAGCUGGAUUCAACAUGCUCACUGUGGAUGUGGAUGAGAUUCAGGUUCAUUACCCGAGCAUGUUUGAAGUCAUCUGUGAUUUACAAGGAAUGGGUGAGAGUAACUGUGCGUGGAACAGGAAGGCGCUGUUGCACAGAGACACCAUUCUAGCAGCGGCGGCCAUUUAUAAAGAGAUGUACGGUAAAGACGAUGGAUCUGUCCCAGCUACGUUUGACAUCCUGUUUAUGAUUGGCUGGAAACCUCAUGAGUCACAGGCAAAACCUGCGAAAAGAGGCUCGGCAACCGUCUCCUUUGCUGAUUUAUCAAAAAUAAACCAAACGCAGACCAAAAACAGACCUGACAAUUCAGCUGGCACUGGGACGAGCUGACUUUAUUCCAAUCAAUAUUGGUUAAUUUAACAGACAUUAAAAAAAACUACUGUAUGUAAUAAAAGAAAAAUGGCACUGAAUAAUGACAACACAAACAGGACAUUUUGAAUUUAAUAUUGUCGAAUGGAUCAUAAUUCGAACAGUUUCCUCGAUGCUAAAAUAAAAUGUUUUUUUUUUU